CCCAACUGGUUUUUAAUCAUUACAUUUCGAUUUCAAACUCAAGCGUUGGUUCUUUCGAUGUGUAUAGCGUGACAGAUCGAGAACCAUGACAGCUCAAGAGAAAGUUAGACUAGCCUGCGGUAUUUGUUUUAUUCUGGCUCUUGGACAAGCUAUAUUCUUGCUGUCAAGAGGACACAAGCACCACCAUGAUGUUCAAGCACUAGUCGGUUUGGGGCUAGGAAUGACGAUAAGCGCAGCUCUAUUUACAUUCACCAUGUGCUCUCAUCACUGCAGUCCGUUCAUUUCUAUCAAAGUACUCGUUCUGAAGUAUGCCUUUCAUUGGCUUCUUUGGUUUUUGAAACGAAAGCACUGGCAUGCCUUCCAAAAGAGCAACGAGAAUUGUACGAAAGCCCAGUCCGAGUUCCUAUUGAAGACAAUCCGCAAACAACAAGACACCGCGUACGGGAAGGACUUCAACUUGAAGGAGAUAUCUUCUGUCGAAGACUUCCUCAAGAAACAUCCUCUGACAACCUACGACCAUUACCGAAAAUACAUUAAACGGGUGGCUAAGGGAGAGCAAGGCGUCAUGUUCCACAAAAAACCUAGUGUCCUUGGUAAGACGUCAGGGACCACAGGUUUGGCCAAAGUGUUUCCGGUUAGUGAAGAAUACAUGAAUAACAUUACUCUAAGAGGAAACGCUGUGACGUCAGCCCUUCGAAAUCAGGCUGGCAUUGCUGAUCCCAAACCACUACAAAUGACGUGUUCGCUUUUAGUACAUGGUGCUGUAGGUUUCUCGGAAGGAGGCACCCCAGUUGGGUCGGUGACCGCGUUCAUGAUGUCAGAUGCCAUCAGGGAGAUUCUAUUCUGUACGCCACCACUUGGUGCAAGCAUAGUGCACGAGCCAACUUCUAUGUACAUCCACGCCCUCUUUGCGCUUCGAGAUGAACACCUUGGCAGCAUCUGGUCUCCUUUCGCCUCCUCCCUCUUCAUCUUCUUCCGUUUCCUGGAGGUAUCCUGGAACAUGCUGGUGCAGGAUAUCCGCAGUGGUUCCAUCUCUGAAAAGCUGCCGUCACUGUCUCCUAGGGAUCGAGAAGAACUCAAUAGAUUCCUCUACCCAAUGCCCGAUCGAGCCAAUGAGAUAGAGAGACAGUUCCGUAUGGGGUUCGACAACAUUGUGAGUAGGUUGUGGCCGAGAAUGCCCGUAUUGUACGGUGUUACAUCAGGUUCCAUGCAGCCAUUUGUACAACGUCUCAAGAAGUAUAGUGGAGAUUUGAAAAUCCUGUCGGGUUUCUAUAUUUCUACUGAGGGCCUUGUUGGAUACGCAUGUGAGUUCCCAGAUGACGGACAGACGAAAUACGUGUGCGUAGCAGACGGUAUAUUCUGUGAAUUUAUACCUGCUGAUUACUGUGAGGAUGAAAACCCAGGUACUCUGUUGAUGGAUGAGGUACGGGAAGGAGAAUGCUACGAGCUGGUCAUUACCAAUACAGAUGGUCUCUAUAGAUACCGGAUGGGUGAUGUCGUCCUCAUUACAGGGUUCUACAAUACCACGCCCAUCUUCCAGUUCCAAUAUAGGAAUGGAGAACUGCUGAGUCUGUGUGCCGAGAAAACAUCUGAGGUGGCGGUGACCAAAGCUCUGGAGGAAACAGCCGAGAAAUGGGACGAUGUCGAGAUCGCGCAGUAUGUGUGUGCAGAGAGUCCUCUCUACGAUGAGGCAAGAGGCACGAAUGAAGACUUGAGUGCAAACAUUCUUUAUUACGUCAUCUUCGUAGAGCUUUCAGCUUCCACGGACUCACUGCUAACAUCGGUUCGCAAUGUACAGAUGAAGUUCGAGGCUGAGUUUGACGCUAACCUUAGGACCUUCUCGGAGUCUUAUGACAAGUGCAGGGAGAAGAGCAAGCUGGGUCCUCCCCGCGUCGUCUUCCUCGAUCGCCACGCCUUCUCCCACUUCAGAGGGUUCCUCCUGGAGACGUCAACAGCCUCUGCGGGACAGUUCAAGAUUCCCAAGAAACUUCGCGAGCUAAGGUGGAUCCAACUCUUCCUGAGCCACGAGAUCAAGACCGUUUCCGUCGAUGAUAAGGUGGAGGAUAAGGUGGAGGAUAAGGUCGAUGAUAAGGCCGAGGACGAGGUCGAGGACUUGUCCAAAGUCACCGGUGAUGAUCUUGUAUAGACAGAAAACAAUGUUUCAGGGAAAGAACUCACUGGAUUCAUUGUCAGAAAGUACUAUUUGUUAUGUUGUUUAUAUUUAUAUGGAAUACAGAAGAAAGUAAAUCAUAUCAAAUUAAAUCAAAUCAAGCA